AUGACAAUUCUUCAGCCUAUUCGUAAAGCAGCGGUGAUAGGAGCCGGUCAAAUGGGAUUAGGAAUAGCAUAUGUAACAGCAGUUCACGCCAAAGUCCCAUUGACCAUACACGAUCCAUCAUCAUCAGUUUUAUCCUCCGCGAUGGAAAAAUAUAAAUCACUUUUAUCGAGGGAUGUAUCUAAAUCACGUUUGAGCCAAAAUGAAGCUGAUGAGGCUUUAUCUCGCGUGAGGGGUGUACAAGGUGAUGGAGGUGGUGAUAUUGGAGAUUCUAUAAAAGACGACGUCGAUAUCAUCAUUGAGGCAAUACCUGAGAUACCUGAAUUGAAAUUAAGGUUAUUCAAAAGACUAGGAAAUAUUUUACCGGAAAGUACGAUACUGGGUAGUAAUACUAGCUCAAUCAGUAUAACUAAAUUAGCUGCUUCUGCCGGGAGUGGUUCGGGAUUAGGGAAAGAGCAAGGAAGGAAAAGCUCAGAGAGAGUUAUAGGGAUACAUUACUUCAAUCCCGUUCCUCAGAUGAAACUAGUCGAGAUCAUACCCGCUCUUCAGACUUCUCAAUCAACGAUCGAACGUGCUAGGGCGUUUGGCAAAGCUUGUAAGAAAGAAGUAACGACAUCAUCCGAUUCACCUGGAUUCAUAGCCAAUGCGAUUCUCAUGCCGAUGAUCAAUGAAGCGAUCAUGGUCUUAGAGAGGGGUAUAGCGACUGCAGAAGAUAUAGAUUUGACCUUCAAGUUAGGAAUGGCACAUCCAAUGGGUCCAUUGACUUUGGCCGAUUUGAUAGGCUUAGACACAUGCUUGAAUAUACAACGAGUUUUGCAUUCUGAAACGGGUGAUAGUAAAUACAGACCGGCAGGAUUAUUGGUAAAGAUGGUUGACGCAGGUUGGGUUGGUAAGAAAGGUGGAAAAGGUUUUUAUGAGUAUGAUGGGAAAGGUAAUAAGAUGAAUUGA